AUGGAGGAGCUGACGGAGGAUGUGCGGGGAUUUCUGCUCCAACACCCUGAGCUGCAGCCAGUCUCGGGGAACAAAAUCCGUUUCACCCUGACUGGACAUGAGCUGCCCUGUAGACUCCCUGACCUGCAGAACUUCACCACUGGGAAGAAAUACAAGAAUCUGAUGGAAGUAUCAUUUGACGGCAGCAAAUAUGAGCCCCACAUAGUCCCCAGCACCAAGAACACAGGGCAGCUGUUCUGUAAGCUGACACUCCGUCACAUCACAAAGCGUUUGGAAGAUGUUGAGAGACACAUAAAUGGAAAACGCUACCAGCGAGCACUGCGUAAAUAUGAGGAAUGCCAGAAGCUGGGGGUGGAAUAUGUGCCUACUUGUCUCCAGAACAAGACCAAGCAACGAAAAUUCAGGGAUGAUGGAGAAGCUGCCAAAAAAAAACUGUGGGAGCCAAAUGAUAGCAGUGGUGAAGACAGUGACUCUGGUGACAGUAUGAGUGACCUUUAUCCAGGUAUUAGUAAUUACAUGCUGCUGCAGCCACUGAAUCCACUACUCCUUGCCGUAAGAUCCAACAAAAAACUGCAGUCUUCCAUGUUUGUAGUAAAACUUGCAUCAGAUGUUAAGAUGGCGCCUUUUGUAUGUUAA